ACGUACUGGAGGCCGCACUGCUGCUGUGCGUUUAGGUGGCGGUUGGUUGGAGGAGGGAUAGACGGAGUGGGAGGGUCGCUCCCGCUCUAUUCCAUGUGACAAAAAAUAAGAAAUAAAAAGAAGAAAAAAAAUAGGAGGGAAAAUGGAAAGAAAAAAGAGAAAAAGACUAUGAAAAGGACAUGACCGAAUCCCUCCGAUUGCUCAGAGUCAGUCGAGCACCAGCCGGGGACUUGGUUUGUAGCAAUAAAAAAACGCUCCGUCAAGUCAGUGAGAACCGCACACACACAUUCGUCCAAAUCCAAUCCAGUUCUAUAUAUUGGCCGAACUUAAUUCAUCGAACGAGAAAAAUAAAUUUUAGAUUCCGAAUUUAUUUUCAAAUUAAGAUUGUUUUUAACUAAACUAACGACGCUAACAUGGAUUUCGACGAGUAUCGCCAAAGAGGCAAGGAGAUGGUGGAUUAUAUCGCCGACUACCUGCAAAACAUCCGCCAGCGACGCGUUUUCCCCGACGUUAAGCCAGGCUACAUUCGACACCUGCUGCCGGAGCAGGCGCCCGAGCUGGGCGAAGAUUGGGACACCAUCUUCGCUGACGUUGAACGUGUCGUCAUGCCUGGAGUGACUCACUGGCAGAGCCCCUACAUGCACGCUUAUUUCCCGGCUCUUAAUUCUUUUCCCUCGCUGUUGGGCGACAUGCUAGCCGACGCCAUCGGUUGUUUGGGCUUCACUUGGGCUUCGAGUCCAGCUUGCACCGAAUUGGAAUCGUUGGUGAUGGAUUGGCUGGGCAAGAUGAUCGGUUUACCCUCCGAGUUCUUGCACGCUCGCAGCGACAGCUUGGGUGGAGGAGUCAUCCAAACGACAGCCAGCGAAUCGACAUUCGUGGCUUUAUUGGCUGGACGGACGGAAGCCAUAAGACGCUACAAAAUCCAAUAUCCAGAUCUGGAAGAUGCUGAAAUCAACAGCCGUCUGGUGGGUUAUUGCUCUGACCAGGCCCACAGCUCAGUGGAGAAAGCCGGAUUGAUCGGGCUGGUCAAAUUGCGCUACAUCGAGAGCGACGACGAGCUCAGUAUGCGAGGCGAUACAUUGGCCACGGCCAUCGCCCAAGAUCGCGAGAAGGGACUGAUUCCAUUCUUCGUUUGCGCUACACUGGGCACGACUGGAGCCUGCGCUUUUGAUCACCUGCGAGAGAUUGGCAUCGUCUGUCGCUCUGAGGAUAUUUGGCUGCAUGUCGAUGCCGCUUACGCCGGAACGGCUUUCCUCUGCCCUGAAUUUCGCCACUGGCUUGACGGUAUUGAAUUUGCCGACUCGAUUGCUUUCAACCCGUCCAAAUGGAUGAUGGUCCAUUUCGACUGCACCGCCAUGUGGGUGAAGAAUGCCGGCGCUCUUCACCGCACCUUCAACGUGGAACCGCUCUACCUCAAACACGAGAAUUCAGGAAUGGCCAUUGAUUAUAUGCAUUGGCAAAUUCCUUUGAGCAAGAGGUUCCGCGCUUUGAAACUUUGGUUCGUCAUCCGCAGUUACGGUCUAAACGGCCUUCAGAAGCACGUCCGCCACGGCGUUCGUCUGGCCAAAGAAUUUGAAAACAUGGUCAAAUCGGAUGGUCGUUUCGAAAUUCCCGCCGCCCGCCAUUUGGGCAUGGUCGUAUUCCGUCUCAAAGGCCCCAACGACCUCACAGAAGCCCUUCUGAAAAAGAUCAACACUUCUGGCAAACUCCACUGCGUUCCGGCAGCAUUGAAGGGAAAUUACGUCAUCCGUUUCACUGUCACUUCGUCGCACACGAAAUUGACGGACAUUGAACGUGACUGGGAAAUUAUCAAGUCGAUUGCAGCCAUCGUGAUUGACGCGUGCCACUCGCAUCAUGCCACCAACAUGGCCGGAGACGAUCAACUGGAAGAAAACGGGCAUUCGUCUGGACAAGAGACGGGUGACGACGAGGCAGUGGCCGGCGUCCCUCGUUCCAAAACCAACAAAAUGCCACUGGCCGAAACACGCAAGAACAAGAAUUUCGGAACGAGUUUGUUGCUGGCCAAUCGUCCCAUGUCGCCCAAGAUUAUCAAUGGAAGCUUCGCGGCCAUCUUCGACAACGACGAUGUUCUCUUCGACCUGGCCAGGAAAAUAUCGCAGUUCCGCUACGGAGACGAUGACUGUCCAGCGACCCAACGCCGCAUCCGUGGGAUGUUGAUGAGCGGCAAACAAUUGUCUCUAGACUCUAGGAUCGAUCUGGUCCAGCGUUUGGUCACUGACAAAGACGGUUCCAAUCCGCAAAUCGAUGAGAGUUCUGAAUGUUUAGCCACUCCUUCGGAUAUUGAAGAAGUGCCGGAAGAGGGAAGCCCCUGCGAGGAAGACGAACGUCAACGGGAUCGUUCGCAUUCGGUGGACAGUUCACGUCAAUUGUCAUUGUCGAACAGCUGUACCGGAUCCGGAGGCGGCGGGUGUCUUAAGAAGAAAAACGUAGCUUUCUCCGAAAGAGCCGGUUCUAUUCCGGAAGAUGGCGAAAAUGCAGUUAAAAAUCCUGAGCGCGAAGUCAGUCAAACAAAAAUCUAAAGUCUUCUUCACCUUCGGCUACUAUUCGAUUCAAUUAUUC